ACAGGCACUAGGCGCAGGGAGCAUGUCACCCCUGUGUUGGCAUCCCUUCAUUGGCUGCCUGUGCAAUACAGGACAAAAUUCAAGAUCUUGGUACUGGCAUACAAGGCCUUACACGGAACUGCUCCAGCAUAUCUUGGCAACCUUUUGCAUAGACAUGCCCCCUCGCGGGCCCUUCGCUCAGCCGGCAGGGAGCUGUUGAUCGUUCCACGCACUAAGUAAAGGUCACGGGGGGACCGUGCGUUCUCUGUGUUGGCACCUGCACUUUGGAACCAUUUGCCUUUGGUGGUGCGUCAGUCACCCUCAUUGGGGGUUUUUAAGACUUGCCUUAAGACCCAUUUUGUUGUCAAGGCUUUUCAGGAUUAGCAAAUUUUACCCGGUUUCGAUGCCGCGGCCUCUUAAUCUUUUUCUGGAUUUUAUUUUUUGCUUUUACUCUCCUCUUUUAAUUGAUUUUAUGCUGGUUUUACGAUUGUUGUGUUUUAUUCUGAUGGUUUUAUGUUUUAUUGUGUUGUGUUCAACACCUUGGGUGUCUGCAUUGGUCGCAGAAGGGCUUUAUAAAUAAAUGAAAUGAAAUGAAUGAAAGAUAUUUUUUGCAUAGUGUCCAUUGUGUUAUAGAUACAAUUGUUGGACAGCUCAAGCAGUAGUUUCUCUCCUUUGAUUUGGUAUCUAUCAUAAGUGCAAGCUUUGAAGCUAAUUGCUAAAAAUGAUUAGCUUUUUAAUGGCAACUCAGCAUGGGGUUCGGUUUUAACAGGUCUGAAAAGGUGUUGCUACCUUCCACUACCUCACUGGUCUCAGUUUUACAUCAUGCCUAGGCAGUGGAUGCAUACAACAGUCAGCAGUGUCCCCACAGGAGAAUGCGAAAGCCUGAUGACACAAAAGAUGCAGACUCAGAAAAUGUCUGCAUUGUAUGUUUGGAGCUCUUUGAUAACUCACGGCCAAGGGAAGAGUGGGUUAGGUGUUAGCAUUGUACAUAUUGGGCUCAUGAAGCUAAUGACUCACUGUGGAUCUUUUUAAGCAUAAACAUUUAACCGUUACAUCGGUUACAACUCACCCCGGUACUGGGGUGAGUUGUAACAACCGACCUCUUUGUAUUUAACAGCAGUUUAAUAAUCUGUGAUGGAAGUCUGAAUGCAUGUAAUCUGUAGCAGACAAAUAUGGGUUCCACCUGUUAAAACCUGAACUUUCCACCACAAAGAACCACUGAGUUACAGUUGCUCAAACACAAAGUGGUACAACCACCCCCGCCUCCUCUAGUUUGAAUUUAAUCUUAAAUUAUGAUAAACAUUUCAAGCUUUUAAAUGAAAUCCAGGUUAAACAUUACAGCGAGAAGACGACGCUCUUUUCUCAGCAGGUUUUGUUUUCAUAAAAAAUAUUUUCUAUGUGACAAAAAGGUUUGUGUUGUUUAUUGAAGAGCUGAAACACUCCAGAGAGUUUUAACGGGAUUAAUGAGCUCAGCAGAUUAAAUUCCAAUUUAAAUUCUUUGUUUAAUUGAAUUAAAUCAACUAGAACCUCUUUGAUUAGUUCAUUAUUUAAAUAUUUCAUCUAUAGGAUGCAAUAAACUCAAGUAAAUGUGUGGAUUUUUGCCACUUCCUUUUUGGCUUCAUAUAUUCUGCAGAUUUAUGGGGGAUUGUCUUUAACAUGUGUUACCAUGGUGACUGGGAGGGGCAGUUACACCGGGAAUCUCACAAGAAAGCCUGGUUUUGGGAAAAUCUUGCUUUCUGUUCACAGAUAAAAGAAAAACUCGGUCAAAUGAUUUGAAAAAUGACUAAAAACAGAAAUCUACUAAAAAUCUAACAUUGGUUUUUAGUUUGAUUUCACAGAAAAAUAUCAAACUAAUGAAACUAAAAGAUGGAUUCUGAAGUGAAACAAGACAUGAAUCUACAGAAUAAACCACCUGUCGGGUAAAGUUUUGUUUUGACGCAUGUUUAUUUUGUCUCUUCAGGCUCCACCCCCUUUUCAUCUCCAGCAUGAGUCCAAAAAAUGUCAUUUUCAAGAAGACCUGCAAAGACAAGUCGGUCGGAGUGUUCAUGGGAAAACGAGACUUUGUGGACCGUGUUGACGCCGUUGAUCCUGUAGAUGGCGUCAUCCUUGUCGACCCAGAGGCUCUGGCAGGAAGGAAAGUGUUCGUCACGCUGUCCUGCACCUUCCGCUACGGCAGAGAUGACAUGGACGUGCUCGGGAUUGCCUUCCGCAGAGAACUGUACCUGUCCACCCGCCAGGUGUAUCCACCCCUGCAGGACCGUGAGAAGGGCGUCCACACCAAAGUUCAGGUCAAACUUCUGCGGAAGCUCGGGAUCAACGCCUACCCAUUCUUCUUUGAGGUGAGUCGAGAACAGCUUACCAGAAAACUUUUUGAUAUCUUAAUCAGAGCUCAGAACAAUACACUUACAUGGAAUGCUUUUUCCCAGUUUCCCGACAACCUGCCUUGCUCAGUGGCACUUCAACCAGCACCCCAAGAUGUUGGGAAGCAAUGUGCCGUGGAGUUUGAAAUCAAAGCAUUUAGCGCUGAGAGUCAAGAUGCAAAAGUCCAUAAAAGGAGCACGGUGAGGCUGAUGAUCAGGAAGGUCCAGUACGCUCCGGAGACUCAGGGAACGCCACCUUCCGUUGAAAUCACCAAGGACUUUGUCAUGUCGGACAAACCGCUACACAUCAAGGCAUCGCUGGACAAAGAGCUCUAUUACCACGGUGAGACAAUCAAAGUUCUCGUCAACAUAACAAACAACUCCAACAAAACCAUAAGGAACGUGGUCCUCUCAGUUGACCAGGUGGCCAACGUGGUUCUGUAUUCCAAUGACAACUACUCCAAAUGUGUGGACAUCGAGGAUUCUGGGGAUUCGGUGUCAGCCGGAGCAACGCUGCAGAAGGUCUACAAGCUGCUGCCACUGCUGGCCAACAACCGUGAGAGGAGAGGCAUCGCUCUGGACGGCAAACUGAAGCAUGAAGACACCAACCUGGCGUCAUCGAGCAUAGUUAAGGAAGGAGUCCUGAAGGAGGUUCUGGGAAUCAUGGUUUCAUACAAAGUCAUGGUGAAGCUCGUCAUCGGAGGGAUGAUGGGAUCGAGCGAGGUCGGCCUGGAGGUUCCCUUCAGACUGAUGCAUCCCAAACCUGAUACAGUGAAGGACGGGGAGCUGGAGGAGGAGUUGGUGUUCCAGGAGUUUAAGCGCUCCUACUUGAAGGGAAUGAUCGGAGGUGAUGAUGAUGAGGAGGAAGGAAACGUGUCAGGGGGGGAUGACAUGGCGCCCAAAGAGAAGUAGAUCAGAGCUAUUUCAGACCCCUAGACCUGCUUGACCACUAAGUUAUUACAGAUGAAUGUUUGUGUUUUAGUCUUCAGCUCCAGCUGUAACCUGGAGCCCGUUAGGCAGCACCGGUGGUCUCGUGUUCAUUUUAUACAUGAUAACCGUGUUUCUGUUUUAGUGGCGGUUGAAACAAACACGUAGAAACAUUUAAAUGUCUAAAGGAGAUGUGCUCUUCUGUGUUUGAACAAUAAAAAGCUGUUUGAAACCU